AUGUACUUUAACGCCAACCGGGAGUAUGGUAGUGCUGCAUACAUCUCCGGUAAGAGAGUCGCUUUUAACAUGGUGGCUGUCUUUGAUCUCGAUCUUGGCGAAGGUGGGAAGCGUCGUUUACUUGGAAAGGAUGUGCUGAAACGCGGUGAUCUCGUCGAACUGGAGGUUUAUACACUUGUUGAAAAACCAGUGCAAGUGCUUUCUGACAACGCAAGCAUCUUCACAAACUACCAGGUGGACGAUGGUGGCAAUCUUCUCGCGGUCAAAUCGGACGAAACUCUAAGUACGCUGGUGUUCAAGCUGGCUGUUGUUGAACUAUUGGACAUGUCGCAUUCAACUGUGAUAAAUGAUGUUCAAUACUCAAUAAUUAACAAGUGUAAGUUUGGUACUCUUUGGUGGUUCCAUAAUACGGACAGACAUUUCGAAAUGUUGAAAAACGAUUCUCAAGAUUAA